AUGGCCACGGUGGUGGCUCACGAGCCGACCGUCCCCAAUGGACUGACAGAUCCUGAGAAGGCCGCAGAGGAACUUUCCUCGGCCAUGGACCAAGCCAAGCUCGAGGACAACCCUGAGGAGCCUGCGCUCGCGUCUUCAAAAAUAUUGAACCUUCCACGUACCGCAGCAGAUGGAGUGAUUAAGACUCCGCUCGCCGAACCCUUAGAGACUUCGAAACCUCCAUCAAGAGCCCCGUUGACGGCGGAACAAGAAGCCAAAUAUGCUACGUUGCUCAAGAAUGUGUUGAAUUGGACAGAAAUACCCGAGACUUCGGCAAAAGGCUCGAGAAGCUCAACUCUGACCGACUCUGAACGGAUGUUUCUCACUCGAGAGUGCUUGUUCCGCUAUCUGAGAGCUACAAAUUGGAACGUGGCGCAAUCGGAACAAAGACUGAAGAACACAUUGGUCUGGCGUCGUGAAUAUGGGCUGGAAAAGCAUACGAAAGACUACAUUUCUAUCGAGAACGCUACCGGCAAGCAAGUAAUACUGGGAUGGGACAACCAUGGAAGGACGUGUCAAUACCUAAGACCAUCUAAGCAGAACACAGAACGUAGCGACCGGCAGAUUCAGCAUCUUGUUUUCAUGCUCGAGAGAGCGAUCGAUUUGAUGCCUGCUGGCCAAGAAACGCUGGCCUUGCUCAUCAACUUUGCCGAAACAAAGUCCGGACAAGGUGCAACACUAUCACAGGGAAAGCAGACCUUGAACAUUCUCCAAAACCACUAUCCAGAGCGUCUUGGUCGUGCUCUUGUCACCAAUGUUCCGUUUUAUAUCUGGGGUUUCUUCAAGUUGAUCACUCCGUUUAUUGAUCCCUUGACACGAGAGAAGAUCAAGUUCAACGAAGAUAUGGGUUUACAUGUGCCCAGAGAACAAUUGCUGAAAGAGAGCGGCGGAUUUGUUGAAUUCGAGUAUGAUCAUGAAGAGUAUUGGCCAGCACUGAAUGCUCUAUGCGAGUCGAAGAGGGCCGCAUGGCAGGCUAGAUGGGAGAAGGGAGGAAAGAGAAUUGGCGAGUACGAGGCGUUUCUCAGAGGAGGAGAUGAGAAGAGCCUUGCGGAGAGGGAGCGAGAGCAAGAGGCAGCCCCUAAGGAGUGA